AUGUUCCUUCAAGCUGAGACCCAAUUCGGUCUCAAUUUCCUGCAAACUCUACCGUACCAAAAUGAGUCCCUGGUUUUCUCGCCGAUAUCUAUUGCUCUAGUUCUCUCGUUGGUGCAUACCGGUGCCCGUGGGAGAUCCAAGGAACAAAUUGGAGAUGUCCUGUUAAGAGGAGCCAGUGAUGACCAAUAUGUGAAUCAUUUUUCCUACAUAAACGAGAACAUUCGGAAAGGAGAGAAUGGUGUUCAAGUAAAUAUAGCCAACCGGGUCUACUUGAAGAGAGGUUUCACUGCCAACCCCACAUUCUUAUCAGUAGCCCUCAAAAACUAUGGAGCUGAUGCCAAAACCUUGGACUUUACAUCGCUGACAGCUGUCCGAGAAGUCAACACUUUUGUCAAAGAAGCAACCAAAGGAAAAAUUACAGAGAUUGCCACGAAGGACACUCUCCAAGACGCCGUUGCACUUCUGAUCAACGCCUUAUAUUUCAGAGGCGACUGGGAGGAGAUUUUCGAUGGAUUCUCCACAUCGGACCACGACUUCACAACCUAUUCUGGCGCUAUAAAAAGUAUGAAGUUUAUGAGGGAUUUUAUGAGUGAUCGUGACUACUCAUCUGAUGAAAUUUUCCAAGUUCUCCAUCUAAAUUAUACGGACUCACGAUUCAAGUUUUCUGCAUUCCUACCAAAGGAGAAGAACACGUUAAAGCAGGCAUUGACGAAAUUGGAUGCGAAGAGAUUCCAGAGCCUAGUUAAAAAUAGCAAAGGGACUUUCAUGAAUACUGUCCUUCCAAAGUUCACUGUGGAAAAGGAAGUAAGCCUGAAGAGUAGUUUGGAGCGUAUGGGUAUCACGGACAUUUUUUCGGAUCAAGCUAACCUAGUGGGACUAGCUGAGAACAUCAAAAUUUCCAAUGGCGUACACAAGGCCCUUAUUGAGGUUAACGAAGAAGGUACCGUAGCUUCAGCAGCAACAAUGGCGAAAGCUGUCCCGAUGUCGUUUAGAACGGAAACUCCAGUUGAAUUCAAGGCAGAUCACCCAUUUUUGUUCGCUCUUUCAUUCUUGGGACAUCCUAUUUUCCUUGGAGUAUUUAAUGAGUAG